AUGGAACCACAGAAUCUAACACGUGUCUCAGAAUUCCUCCUGUUGGGUCUCUCCGAGGAUCCAGGACUGCAGCCCCUCCUCUUUGGGAUGUUCCUGUUCAUGUAUCUGGUCACUGUGCUUGGAAACCUGCUCAUCAUCCUGACUGUCAGCUCUGACCCCCACCUUCACACCCCGAUGUAUUUCUUCCUUUCAAAUCUGUCUUUGACUGACAUUGGUUUCACCUCCACCACAGUACCAAAGCUGAUUGUAGACAUUCAAACUCACAGCAGAGUCAUCUCCUACGGAGGAUGCCUGACUCAGAUGUCUUUUUUUAUGCUCUUUGGAUGUUUGGAUAGUCUGCUCCUGACUGCAAUGGCCUAUGACCGGUUUGUGGCCAUUUGUCACCCCCUGCACUACAGGGUCAUCAUGAACCCCCGCCUGUGUGGAUUGCUGGUUUUGGUGUCCAUUUUCAUCAGCCUUUUGGUCUCCCAGCUGCACAAUUCGAUAGUGUUACAAGUUACCUAUUUCAAGGAUGUGGAAAUUGCUCAUUUCUUCUGUGACCCUUCUCAGCUCCUCAGUCUUGCUUGUUCUGAUGCAUUCACCAAUAACAUAGUAAUGUAUAUUGUUGGUGCCUUGUCUGGCUUUCUUCCAAUUUCAGGGAUCCUUUUCUCUUAUUCUAAAAUAUUUUCCUCUGUUUUGAGAGUCUCAUCAUCAGGUGGGAAGUAUAAAGCUUUUUCCACCUGUGGCUCUCACCUGUCAGUUGUUUGCUUAUUUUAUGGAACAGGCCUUGGAGUGUACUUAAGUUCAGCUGUCUCAUCUUCCCCAAGGAAAGGUGCUGUGGCUUCAGUGAUGUACACUGUGAUCACUCCCAUGUUGAACCCCUUCAUCUAUAGCCUAAGAAAUAGGGAUAUCAAGAAAGCCCUGUGGAGGCUUCUCAGAAGAACUGCUUAA